AUGCUCUUGGAGCGAGCCCGGGCCGAGAAAGCGGCCCCCGCCGAGGCCUGCGCCUUCGGCCGGAACGCAGGUGUCUCUGUGUCUUUCUCCCUGACAGAGGUCCCGCUAUGCGCAGGGUGCAACCAGCACAUUGUGGACCGCUUCAUCCUGAAGGUGCUGGACCGGCACUGGCACAGCAAGUGCCUGAAGUGCAGUGAUUGUCAAGUCCAGCUAGCGGAGAAGUGCUUCAGUCGCGGGGAGAGCGUCUACUGCAAGGAGGACUUCUUUAAGAGGUUUGGGACCAAAUGUGCGGCCUGUCAACAGGGGAUUCCUCCAACGCAGGUUGUGCGGAGAGCCCAGGACUUCGUUUACCACCUCCACUGCUUCUCCUGUGUUGUCUGCAAGCGGCAGCUGGCCACAGGGGACGAAUUCUACCUCAUGGAGGACAGUCGCCUGGUUUGCAAAGCAGACUACGAGACAGCCAAGCAGAGAGAUGAAGCGGAGUCCACAGCAAAGAGACCCCGCACGACAAUCACAGCCAAACAACUGGAAACCUUGAAAAAUGCAUACAACAAUUCCCCCAAGCCAGCCCGACAUGUGAGGGAGCAACUUUCCUCCGAGACUGGCCUGGAUAUGAGGGUGGUCCAGGUUUGGUUCCAGAAUCGGAGAGCGAAAGAGAAGCGGCUAAAGAAAGACGCUGGAAGGCAGAGGUGGGGGCAAUACUUCCGGAAUAUGAAGCGGUCGAGAGGGAACUCUAAAUCCGACAAGGAGAGCAUCCAGGAAGAGGGCCCGGACAGCGACGCUGAGGUCUCCUUCACAGAUGAACCAUCUAUUUCUGAGAUCAGCCACACCAACGGAGUCUAUGGGAGCCUUGGGGAGAACUCUCCUGCCCUGGGGCGGCCGGCUGGGGGCAAUGGAGGCUUUGCCCUGGAGCACAGUGGACUCCCAGUUCCAGACCAGUAUCAUGACCUCCGCCCUACCAGCCCUUUGCAGGCCCUGCCUGGCCACCAGCCCUUGAUGUCCAGCCUGGUUUACCCUGAUGGUGGCCUCAGCCUGGUGGGGCAGAGCGGACAGGGCGUGCCCCAGCCCAUGAGGGUGCUGGCAGGGAAUGGACCUGGCUCGGACCUCUCCACGGGGAGCAGCGGGGGCUACCCAGACUUCCCUGCGAGUCCUGCCUCAUGGCUGGACGAAGUGGAUCAUGCCCAGUUUUGA